UGCUGCUUUCGGUCGCCUGAUGUCGUGGAACCUGUAGUUAAACCUGUAGUUACUAUUCUGAUACGUGUCUGCUUUAUCAGUAACUUAUUCUUAAAAAAAAAAAAAAAUCCCAUUCUCGCAUCGUGCAGGUGUCUUCAAGUGUUGAGAUAACAGUUUUCAGCUGAGUUUAGUUCACGCGGGGGCUCAAUACCCUGCAAAAUGUUUUACUGACAGUUGGGUUUACCAGUAGCUUCAGCUUUGUUGUGGAUGCCCUAUCCCUGAAGGUGUUGAAAGCCAGACAGGACUGGACCCUGAGCAGCCUAAUCUAGUGAGUGCCAACCCUGCCAGCAGGGGGUUGGAACUAGAUGGUCUUUAAGGUCCUCUCCAACCUGAGCCAUUGUAUGGUUGUGUGCUGUCUACAUUCCAGCAGUUUUCCUUCUGUUUUUAUUUUUUUUUCCUCCUCUGAAAAAAAGGUGCUGAGGGCAAUGUGUUGUCUAGCUUAAAAACAGCCUGUUUUUUGCCACCUCAUGCUUCAUGGAUGCUUCCCAAAUUAAUUGUGUUUACCUCAAGUAAAUAUGCCAGGGACCAUUGUUUGGUACCUUUAUGUUAUUUCCUCAUUUAAAAAUAAAGGCUGAGUUUGAGAUUCUGCAAAGCAGUUUGUGGAAGCAAGAUAUACUGAUUGUAGUUCAUAUAAUCAACCUUUGGCAGUUUCUGUAUGGAUGAAGGUAUUGGGAGCCCUUCGUAUGGCAUAUUUGAAAAAUAUGCUGCCUCAAGUGUAACAGUGAAGAAAGAGUCCUGUUAUUGUGACAUUUCAUUGUUUUCUGUACAAAUCCGUAUUUUUACACUGUAAGGAUGAACACUGAAGCAAAACCAGCCAAAUCUUGUCUUCCCGCAUAUACAUCUUAGUGCAGGCACAGGCAGUUGGAGUAACAAAUGAAGUACAUGAAGAUUGUUGUCUGCUGCUGUCAGUAAAAACAGCACUUCAGGUACACAGUAAUGCUUCACUGGGUUAAAGCUGGGCUUUAGCAUCUGUUUACAGCAUUGAUGUAAGUGACUGGCGGGGCACCGAGGAACAGUGGAAGUAUCUCUCUAAUUUUCUGCAAUAGGUUUGAAACUUUUCAAGGUGAUAAUGAAGUUAGGUGCUGCACAGAAGCUGUCUGCUGGCAUUGCAGAUUGCUGUAGCACCACUUCAAACCUUCAGCUGAAUGGCCAGAGUUUCUUGGUGUUGGAUGAACAGAGAUUUGCAAAAGAGAUUCUGCCUAAGUACUUCAAGCACAACAACAUGGCAAGCUUUGUAAGACAGCUAAACAUGUAUGGCUUCCGUAAAGUUGUCCAUGUUGAUUCUGGGAUUGUCAAACUGGAGCGAGAUGGUUUAGUUGAGUUUCAACACCCAUAUUUUAAACAGGGUCGAGAGGACUUGUUGGAACACAUUAAAAGGAAGGUUUCUUCUUCGAGACCUGAAGAAAACAAGAUAAGCCAGGAGGAUCUCUCCAAAAUAAUAAGUAGUGCUCAGAAAGUGGAGAUUAAACAAGAGACUAUUGAAUCUCGAUUGUCUGCCCUGAAAAGGGAGAAUGAAUCUCUUUGGAGGGAAGUGGCAGAACUGAGAGCAAAACAUCUGAAACAACAGCAAGUUAUUCGGAAGAUUGUACAAUUUAUUGUUACCCUGGUGCAGAACAACCAACUAGUGAGCUUAAAACGCAAGAGGCCUCUACUUCUGAACACUAAUGGACCUACAAAGUCGAAUGUAUUUCAGCAAAUUGUGAAAGAACCAGCAGACAAUAAUCAUCAUGUACCUCUCAACAGAACUGAGGGCUUAAAACAAAGAGAACAAAUUUCAGAUGACAUCAUUAUUUAUGAUGUUACUGAGGAUGUGGCUGAUGAGGAAAAUACCAUGGUUGAUGAAGAAAAUGCUCCCAUUACACCAGAGACAAAUGAAGAUACCACUUCAGAUUCUUCUAACUGCAGUCGUUCUCCUGAUAUUGUAAUUGUGGAAGAUGAUAAUGAGGAAGAAUAUGCCCCUGUAAUUCAAGGGGAUAAAAGCACAGAAUCGGUUGCUGUCUCAGCUAAUGAUCCCCUCAGCCCUGUCAGUGACAGCACAAGUCCGCUCAUGUCAAGUGCUGUACAGCUGAAUAACCAGUCAACUUUAACUGCAGAAGACCCAGUCUCAAUGAUGGAUUCCAUACUCAGUGAAAAUGGAGUAAUUUCACAGAAUAUAAAUCUCCUUGGAAAAGUUGAACUUCUGGAUUAUCUUGACAGUAUCGACUGCAGUUUAGAGGACUUCCAGGCCAUGUUAUCAGGACGACAAUUCAGCAUAGAUCCAGAUCUGCUAUUUGAUCUUUUUACAAGCUCCGUGCAGAUGAAUCCCACAGAUCAUAUCCCUAAUACCAAAAUGGAGACAAAGGGAAUAGAAACUACCAAGAAUAAUGCUGGUCCAGCUGCUUCACAGGAAACACAAGUUUCUAAGCCUAAAUCAGAUAAACAACUCAUACAGUAUACUGCAUUUCCUCUGCUUGCAUUCCUUGAUGGGAACCCAGGCUCCACUGUUGAGAGCGGGAGCUCCACAACUGAAACUCCUUCCUCUGUGGACAAACCCCUGGAGGUGGAUGAGCUCCUGGAGAGCAGCCUGGAUCCUGAACCCACUCAGAGCAAGCUGGUGCGCUUGGAGCCGCUAACAGAGGCAGAAGCAAGUGAGGCCACGCUGUUCUAUUUAUGUGAACUUGCCCCAGCACCCAUGGACACAGACAUGCCAUUCUUGGAUAACUAAUGUAAUGGGGACUAUGUACAUUGUCAUGAAGAGGAACUAUUUAUUUAGAAUAUUGUUUGGUAUGAGUUUUUUGUAAAUCACUGCUUUAUGUAACCAGAUAGUGUGGAAUCUGAAAUACCUUUGCUAUCCUACAAGCAAUUGUUUAGCUACAGUUAGACAAGCUGUUAGAUACAUUUGGCAAUACCAAGUUGGACUGUUACAGUACUGCUGUCAAAUGCUUGGUAUACCUACGCAUAUCUCUAAAUACCUGAGGUAACCAAACACUUGUUAAGAGUAAGCUUCAAUUUAUGGUUUCUUCCACUUCUGGUCUUACAUAUAAUGAUGAUGACAACUAGUAGUGUAUGGUUAGGGAGCACUGACUUUCUGUAUCUUUUUUUUUUUCUAUUUUCUACAAUAUUUUGUUUAAUAAACAUAAGGCUUUUUGGGGUGGGGGGGACCAGGACCUGAUGUUAGGCUUUUUUUUCCCUGCUUGAACUGGGAACAAAGUGCCUGUACCUUGCUAAAUCUUGGUUCUGCCUUACUUUCACUUCAGUGAAAGUGCUUAUACAUAGCACAAACUGGGGAAGAAGUUCUUUACAGCCGCCAGGCCCCUUGACUGCAUGAGUACUUUAACUUGGACCAUCUACUCUGAUAAAAUAAAUGUUAUGUAAGUAAGUGU